AUGGCCGACGCAAAGAGCACGGUAACAACACAAACCAACCCGCGCGGUAUUCCCGUCGCACCAUUUAUCGACAAUGUCAGCGACUACGUUUCAUCGCGCGAUGAUGUCGAGCCCACACUCCGCAGAUUCCAGGAGAUGAUCUCCAAGUACCAAUUUAUGGAGGUGAACGCCCAGCGCCGCGGCCAGGGACUGCGCGAGAAGAUCCCCGAUAUUAGAAAGACCCUGGACAUGGUGCGAUUCUUGGUCUUGCGCAAAGAGUCGAAUACUGAGGCUGACCUCGAGACCAACUUCGAACUCAAUGAUACACUUUACGCGCGGGCUUCGAUCUCGCCUGCUGAUGCUGAGGAGGUUUAUCUCUGGCUUGGUGCUAAUGUCAUGUUGGCGUACCCCCUUGGUGAAGCUGAGAGCAUGUUGGAUGAGAAGCUUUCUGGGGCGGAACUAAGCUUGAAGAACUGUGAAGAGGAUUUGGAAUUCUUGCGCGAACAAAUUACGACCUUGGAGGUUGCCACAGCACGUGUGUACAACUGGGAUGUCGUGCAACGACGUAAAGACAAGGCUGAAGGAAAGGGAGACGACGAGAAGCGCCCUGGUGGUGCUUAG